AUGGCGCCCGUGGAGCACGUCGUGGCCGACGCCGGCGCGUUCCUGCGCGGAGCCCCGCUGCAGGAGAUCGGCAGGCAGAUCUACACGACCCGCCAGGUGGUGGCCGAGAUCCGCGACAAGGAGACGCGCCGGCGGCUGGCCGUGCUGCCCUACACGCUCCACUUCCGGCAGCCCGGCCCGGAAUACGUCCGGCUCGUGACGGAGUUCUCCAAGCAGACGGGCGACUACCCCAGCCUGUCGGCCACCGACCUCCAAGUGCUGGCCCUGACCUACCAGCUGGAAGCUGAGCACGUCGGGGUGGCUCACCUGAAGAAGGAGCCGGCGCAGCAGGUCACGCUCAGCACAACGAACCAGCACCCUGAGGCACCUGUUCACCUGCCUGGUUUCCAUCUCCCUUCUAAGACCAAGCUGCCAGAGGGGGAAGAGAGCCUUUCAGCUGUAGCAGGCCAAGAACGUCCCGGCUCAGCUGGGGCUGAAGAUGCUGCAUUUGGCUCCUUCAUGUUUUGGAGGCCUCCUUUGCCAAGCAUUGAGGAAGAUCUGCGGGAAUUGCUGAAAGCAGCUGGCAGCUCCUUGGAGCCAGGGGAGCCCAAAGGCCAGGAGAGCACCGAGGAGGGCGGGAGCGAGGAGGAAGAGGACGAGGAGGGCUGGAUCACGCCCAGCAACAUCCGGCAGAUCCAGGAGAACACAGGGCCAGGGGCUGAGCCUGCCGACGUGCAGGUUGGCUGCCUGACCACGGACUUCGCCAUGCAGAAUGUCCUGCUGCAGAUGGGUUUGCACGUUCUGGCAGUGAACGGCCUGCUGAUCCGCCACGCCCGGAGCCACGUCCUGCGCUGCCACGGCUGCUUCAGGACGACAUCUGAAAUGACCCGGGUCUUCUGCCCCCACUGUGGGAACAAAACCUUGAAGAAGGUGGCUGUGACCGCAGACAGUGGGGGCAACCUCCACAUGCACUUCUCUCGCAACCCAAAGGUGCUGAACCCUCGCGGACUCCGGUACUCGCUCCCUGCUCCCCAGGGAGGCAAGCACGCCAACAACCCCCACCUGGUAGACGACCAGCACUUCCCCCAGCAGCGGCUCUCCCGCAAGGCCAAGCAGAAGACAAAUGUUUUUGACCCGGAUUACCUGGCCGGCAUGUCUCCGUUUGCAGAGAAUGACAUCUACAGCCGGGCAGCCAAUCUGCAGAUUCGGGAUGGGGCGCUGGGGGCAGGCAGGAGGCGAAUGAAUCCCAACACCUCCACAAAAAAGUUUGUGAAAAAGAGAUGAAGGGGGACAGCCUGGC